AUGGUGAACGUUCCCACCCUGCUGGCGGUAGCUUCUCUGGCGGCCAACUACGGGUCCCGCUCCGUGUUGCCGGUGGUGUCCCAUGUCAUCUGCAUCGACGGUAUUUGCAGCGCCUCAGAGCUCAUCGGCGCCUGCAGCAGCGCGUUCUUUGCUGGGGACCUUGGAGCCCAGUUGGUGGCAAAGGCCUUGGUGCAGCGCUUCAGCGGGCAGCAGCUGCUGUGCUGGGGCACGGGCGCCUGGGCGGCGGUGAUGCUGCUGGUGCCUGCGGCCCUAACAGGCCCGCGGCUGCUGCUGCUUCUGCUGCAAGCGGUGCUGGGCUUCUGCUGCGGCCUCGGCUACCCCUCCGCCCACGCGCUCUUGGCGGAAACCGUGGCGCCAGAGAACAAGGGCCUGGCCGUGAGCCUGAUCAUCAGUGCCUCUGCAGUGGGAGCUAUGGCGAGCAACUUCCUGACGCCUCAGCUGACCCAGGUCUUCAGUUGGCUGGUGCCGUUCCUCCUGUUUGCAGGGCUUGGGCUUGCCAUCACUUGCAGCAUCAGUCUGUCGACCCGGCCCAAACCCAAGGCGCACGGCAGCUCAGCCUCCAGCUCCGGCAGCUCCGAGCUGCUGCUGUGGCUGCGCGAGCCUUUGAUCCCCGCGAUCUUCCUUGGGAUGUUCGCGUCCGGGGCAGCCAAUGCCUUCCUCUAUAGCUUCGUUCCCACGCUCUUCGUGGAGGCCUACGGCGCCUCUCUGGAGCAGCUGGGGUUCCUGACCUUCGCUGCGCCCCUGGGCAACUCGGUGUGCUGCGUGCUCAGCGGCAUACUCGCGGACAGCCUGGUGAAGCACAUGCGACCCUACCAGGUGCGCAUGAUCAUGCAGAGCUUGGGCACUGCAGUGCCAGCGCUUUGCCUGCUUGCCACAUGUCAGCUGAAGAGUCAGCUGGGCGCAGCGGUCACAGUGACACUGUGGAUGGCAAGCCAUGGCUUCCAGACCUCUGGGAUCACUGCGCUACUGCACGACGUGGCUCACGCGCGCGCCAGCGAGCUCUUUGCCAUGGGCAACGUCGCCAGCAAGUUCGCAGGGAUCCUCGCUGGUCCAUUGGUCAGCAGGUUUGCCAGCACUUGGGGCUGGAAUUGGAUUUUGUGCAUCAUUGCGCUGCACUACCUGGUUUCUGGUGCAGUGCUCGUGAGCCUUAUGCCCAGAAGCGAGGAGGCCAGCAAGCUAUUCAACAUAGAUACGUGCAAGAAGGAGGAGCAAAAGGAUGAGUCAGGAUCUCCUGCCAGCUCCGAUGCCGAGAGCACCCACAUUGCAUCCAGUGCGGAACCAACUCCAUCGUCUUCAAGGUUCAGCUCCAGGUCAUCGCGGAGGAGACCUACCAGAGAGGUAUCGCUGGACUAG